AUGGCUGCUUUGCAAAGGAGAGGGCUGCAGACAAGGAUUCUCAGCUCUGAAGAAGAGGAGAAACUGAAGCGAGACCAAGCUUUAGUGUCUGAUUUUAAACAGCAGAAACUGGAAAAAGAGGCUCAGAAGAACUGGGACCUUUUUUACAAAAGAAACAGCACUAAUUUUUUCAAAGACAGACACUGGACUACCAGAGAGUUUGAGGAGCUCAGAUCAUGUAGAGAGUUUGAAGAUCAAAAAUUGACUAUGCUUGAAGCUGGCUGUGGGGUUGGGAACUGUUUAUUCCCACUUUUAGAAGAAGAUCCAGAUAUCUUUGCCUAUGCCUGUGAUUUUUCUCCAAGAGCUGUUGAAUAUGUCAAGCAAAAUCCUCUUUAUGACACAGAAAGAUGCAAGGUGUUCCAGUGUGAUCUGACCAAAGAUGACCUUCUGGAGCACGUGCCCCCAGAGUCUGUGGAUGUUGUCACAUUGAUAUUUGUGCUCUCUGCAGUUCACCCUGAUAAGAUGCACCUUGUCUUACAAAACAUUUACAAGGUAUUAAAACCAGGCAAAAGAGUCUUGUUUCGCGACUAUGGGCUGUAUGAUCAUGCCAUGCUUAGGUUUAAAGCCGGGAGCAAACUUGCAGAAAACUUUUAUGUUAGACAAGAUGGAACCAGAUCAUAUUUUUUCACUGAUGAAUUCCUCGCGCAGCUCUUUCUGGACACAGGUUACGAAGAAGAGGUGAAUGAGUAUGUGUUUCGUGAGACGGUGAAUAAAAAAGAAGGACUGUGUGUGCCAAGGGUUUUCCUUCAGAGCAAGUUCCGAAAGCCUCAGAAGACCCCAGCUCCUGUUACCCCCGACCUAGGCCAUGAGUCCUGA